AUGCAUUCAGAUUAUUUGGUUACAUUUAAAUCAGAAAAAGUUGCAGGAUCUAGAAUACAGUUGGUAGAUAUGCAAGACUAUAAGAAGUUUCUUUUAGAUUAUAAGAAAUUAUCAGAUAGAAAGAAAAAUAUGAUAAUUAUGGCAUCUUUAAAGAAAAAAGAAAAAAGAAAGAAUAUUUUAAAUUCUGAAAAAUCAGAUUAUGAAGAUACUAAUUUGUGUAAAAAGAAUAAAAAGAAAAGUACUGUGAAAUUGGAUGAUUUUUCAGAAAUAUUACAACAAGAAGGACAUGUAAUUCAUAAACUAAGAGAGCAAUACAAAUGUAAUCAACAUGAUACAUGCUUUAUUAAUGAUAGACAAUAUACAAAGCUUACUGUAAUGCAUCUCUAA